AUGUUAUGCUUUAAUUUUAAAUGGCUUAAUGCAUUCAUGACGUACACACUACACAGCAGUGUUAGUUUUCUUUGUUUAUUGCAAACAUUAUUUACAUUGAGUGUUGUAUGCGCACUUUGUAUUUAUACUUGACUUGACACUUGGGAAAUGUGGAAUACAAAGUUUUAUUUUAUGUAGUGUAUUUAUCUUCACACGAUAAUGAAAAAUCAAAUAAAUUAUUAAAACAAAUAAAUGAGCUUGUUCUUUUUCAAUAAAACCUGGUUUGAACUUUAAUUGUUAAUUAUUAUUUUGUAAUCUAUAAAUGAGCACAUUGUAUUUUAAAUACAGUUCCAAUUUGAAUACUGGUAUUCUUAAAAUUACUUUAGAAGCAGAGUGCAAUUACCAGUGAGCAUCAACCAUACUGUACAAUAAGGAAUGCUAAACAUGUGCGUGAAAUGCAGUCAGGCGUGUCCCAAAACUUUCAAUGUUUAACAAUGGUUUAACAAAGUUCGACAAGUGUAAACUAUGUAUUUAUCUUUAAUAAUGUGAUGGGUUACAGAUACAAAGGACCAAAAUGUAAUAUGGCUAUAAAUGUUUUGUAACUCGGUUUCAUACAGACAGAGAUAAGUACAUAGGGGGACAUCCCCAGGUACUAGAUUGGCUGUGACUUAGCUAGACAAACAUUGUGCUGAGGAAAAUCAUAUCUACUAGUUGUAUCCAAUUGAAUCGUAAUAAAACAGUAAAUCAUUAGGUUAUCAAGAAAAACAAGUUACUAAACUCAAUCAAAUGUGGGGUUAUAAGUGUUUAUUAGGCAAUUGCUAUAAGGUUAUACCAAUUAUCAAUAAGGUCACUCAAGUACUGAUAGUUUUGUUUAUGUAGAAUAUUGUCUCUGCCGUCAGGUUUGAAAAAAGUAUUAAAACAAUUUUAGAAAACAGAGGUGUUAAUAAAGAAGGUAAAUAAACACAUUUCCUUUUUAAGUAAGAAGACAAUGAUAAUGAAGGUGGUUUUACUUUUAUUAGUGCUGUUAAUUUUACCUUAUUCAAAAGCACCAGAUGAAAUUAAAAGAACAAAGAGAAACUCUGAAGAACAGGUUCGAAAAACAUGGAUAAAACGCAAUGGGAAAUUUCUUAUGGAUAACUGUGGCAAACACGAGGUGUAUAUUGAGGAAAAGCACAAAUGUAAACUAACCAACCUUACUGCCUGCCAAGAAGGUGGCCAUCUAUUCAGAUAUCUUUGCAGGUUUUGUGAAAAAGAUAGCAAUGGAAAAGAAACUGGAAAAUGUGGAGAAUUUCAGAGACCUGAAGCAAAAGAAAACAAUACUAAGGCAAACAAAGACACUACUGAUAAGGAACAGAGAAAAGAAAAUCUUCCACCAUCGCCAGCUACCCCUGGAUUGCUUCUCCAGAUUACAACACCGCAACAACGCAAUCAACAAACAAACAGAAACAAAGCAACAAUCAACAACAGAACGGUGCAGAACAAAUAUGGCCAAAAUACAAAUGGCAGCAUGAACAAAACUGAUGAUCAAAACAUAAAAGCUUCUGUUUUCAAAAAUGCAACUAGUAGUAGCAACGAGGAUCUUGCAAAACCUGCUAUAACUCAACAGUAUUCAUUGCCACCUGGUAUAAUAGGAGUUAUAACAACCCUAGCAGUCAUUUGUUUUAUUACCUUGGUUUUGUUGAUAAGAAAAUGCUGCAAAAAUGAACAGAAUAGCCAAGAUCGACAAGGUAAUGGACAACCAGGAGAAAAAAUACCACUUAACAAUUAAUUGUGGGAAACCUGAUAUAAUAAAAACGAAACGGUGCUAGUGAAAACUAUGCAAAAGUCAUUUUAAUUUAAUUUCUACCGUUACACUCGUGGUUUUAACACAAAAUGACAAACUAAUACUGUAUAAAAUCAACGGUAUUGCAGAUUGCAUAAAAUCAACGGUAUUGCAGAUUGCAUG